CUGGAGCCGACUUGUAGUGGUCUAGACUGAUGAUCCAUGGAUAUCAGAACUCGAUACGGCUGCCAACUUAUCACGUAGAAUCUAUAUGUGCCGGGAGAAUGGAUCCAUUCAAUUGCCUCCCAAUCCCUACGAAUCUAGAGAUUGACCACCUAGUGAGAUAUUUGAUUACCAAAUUCGAUCUCAACCCGGUUCCAGCCAAUCGAAGAAAAUCAUGGUUUCCUUACGCAUUGCAGAACGCGCCAAUGAUGCAUAGUACUCUCGCGAUGACUGCAGCCAUGUGGCGAGCGGAAUCCCCUGUUCUCGAACGGUCUAUCCAGAUUGAGGGUAUGCGUCAGAAAGGCGAGGCGUUGCGACUUGUCAGAGCUCACCUAGGACUUGUUAGUGGACUACCUGAUAGUUCUGUUGCUGACGACAAAGAUUCUACCUUCGUAAUGUCAGCUAUGUCAACCUUAGUCAUUAUCGAGGUUCUAGAUGGUGACUUCGAGGCCGCGGAAAUACAUUUACGGGGUGUCCACAAUCUCUUCAGUUUACGAGGCGGCCAUGACAGUUUUAGGGAUAAAUGGGUUUUCUGCAAGUCCACCAAUUUGGCCGAUAUCCAAGUUGCCGUUGCGCUAGGCCGUCAACUUAGAUUCCCACGCCUACACCGAGAUGAGGUUGUUCUUCCAUCGUCAAUCACCAACCAUGCCCAACACCCCCCAUUUCAUUCCUCGAUAGCUCGUGGGAGCUCCCCUGAGUGUGCUACAAUAUUUACCCAGCUCAGGCAACUUCUCUUGGCACGCCAGUCAACGGUUCCUCACGAGGCCCAGCUUAUCCUACUAAACAUCGUAGACGAACUCAUCUUGCAAUACCUCUAUCAGGACCAGGACCGUUUCGAGGACAGAUCUAUCCCUAGGAACUCCUGCGCUCUCGUCCUUGCUGCUCACGUAUUCAUGUAUGUGACCCUGCGUCAAGUGCCGCCAAAGAGUCCGUUGAUACGUCGAAUAUGUACUAGGCUACUGGAUGUGGUCAAGUUCGGGGUCGAAGUCGGGAUAGAUCCAACUGCUAAGCAAAUCUGGAAAGAGGACAAGACGGCAUUGCUAUGGAUAGCUUUCGUUGGGAUUCUCGGGACUGGAGAACGGACGGAAACAUGUCUCGAAGGGCAGUCGUUCCUACAUCUUUUUUGGUUAGCCAUACAGGAACACUCGAGGGACUUUUCUCCGGGCACCGGUAACCUCCAGGACACAUUGUCCGCCUUUCUGUGGGAUGAGUCUUCUUGUCAACCUCUACUAGCCUGGUUAGAGGACCAUCACACCACCACCUGAUUGGCCAGAAUGAGACAUACGACCCACGAAUUUCCGCUUUAGGAAAUAUGUUUGAAUAAAUUCGCGAUACUGUGUUGCUCAGGUAGACUCGUGGAGCUUUAUGGAAGCAUUCAUACUUCCUAAAGCAGUAGGACUAGCGCGUGCCGUUCGUUAGCCUCGCGUUUCGAACA